UCGAGCGCUGAGCAGCUCCGGUGCCUGUACCACGCGACGUUCCGCUAUCAGUGCCGCCUUUUUUUUCACCUCGAAUUUUCCUCGUGCAAACCUGCCGCACGUGUCGCCGGAUCCGUGACGAAAAUCGUAACGUACCGACGUAAUACUGUUACGGAACCCGUGGAUUCUCCGUCCGUGACGUCUAACCGUGUUUCUCUCAUAUUCAGCGGUUUUCCAUCUCUGAUAAACGUAUUUGAGACUGACGUUCAUCCGUAUCGUUUUGGACUGGACUGUAACGUAAAAUUCGGUAACGUGGUUUCGUGGUACGUGACGCGUUCGUGUAUCGGAAAGCGUGUUUUUUUUAUUUGUUCCGCGCGAUGAGCAGCUCGGGGAAUAAUUAAACCCCGGCGUAAUUACCCUGCGUCGUUAAAAAUUCGAUCGGAGCUUAUCUUUAUAGUUUAGUUUCGUUCCGUUCGCGGUCGUAACUUUAGUAACUUUAAUAUCGAUUCUGUGCGCGUCGGGUUUUAGUGUGAUCUGUUGCUGCGGCGGACUGGUUCUGUUGCGGGCUUGAACUUUCGGUUUCCCAGUGCGCGAAUUUCGGUGGGUUUUUGGCUGGUCUGUCUCGACAAUAAAUUUUUUAACCUGCGGACUGUUAGUUUUUUUCAAACGUCUGAUUUAAUUGUGUUAAGGCUGAUUGUUCAGUGGGUGUACUGCCGGUGAGGAUUUGAAUUUGAAGAAUAUAGCUACGGAAUGACCUGAGGAUUAACUUACGGAAUCAUUCUUUAGUGCGCGGAUUUUCGUACUUUUUUGUUAGUUUUAUAAACGUUCGUUUAGCUAUCAACACGUGGACCGUCUGUUCUGUCGUUACACGAUUUCAAGUGAACUGAGUGUUUCAUAUUUUCAGCUGACUGAUCUUUCGUUCGUUCAUGUUUUUUUAAAUAUCUGUUUUUCAACUUUUCAACGGUCAAUUUAUGUCUCUAAUCGACUGAUUUUGCGAAUUUUCCGAUAGACUCCUAGUUCUUUCGUUUAUAUACGUCCAUCUCGAUUAAUUAUCUUGUUUUCCACGAUUUUUAAAUUCUAUCGUUUCAUUCAUUCGAUUUUCGCGAAUUAUCGGCUUAACUUUUCGUUUUUAAUUACACAAUCUCUCGACGAAGUGUCUUAAAACGCACGAUCGGACUUGAUUCCCCCCUUCAAUCGACCAAUUUUCCACCUGUUGUACCCACACAUAUAAAUCCACAUGCGAAUUCCUUCCAUGCUCCACGCUGCAAUCGCAUAUUUCUCAAUCAUCUGACUCCUUUCUAGUGACCUAACCUAAGCAUCCCGUGAUUGUAUGUCCACAGGAUCCAUGGUAAUGCACCCCAACGACGGAACCAACAACCCCGGCCCGGGGGGCGGAGGAGGGGGUGGCCCCACAACCCUGGAGACCCCCGCGGAGGGCGCCACCAGCGCCGAGUCUCCGCAACAACGAUUCUGCCUCCGCUGGAACAACCACCAAACCAACCUGAUCAACGUCUUCGACCAACUCUUGCAGAACGGGUGGUUCGUCGACGUCACCCUGGCUUGCGAUGGCCGGUCCGUACAAGCGCACAAGGUCGUCCUUUCGGCUUGCAGCCCCUACUUCCAAGCCCUCUUCACGGACAACCCUUGUCAACACCCCAUCGUUAUCCUCAAAGACAUCUCGUACUCGGAUCUGAAAUCCGUCGUCGAGUUCAUGUACAAAGGCGAGAUCAACGUGGCGCAAGAACAGAUCGGGCCUUUGCUCCGCGUGGCCGAGACGCUGAAGAUCCGCGGUCUGGCCGAGAUCAACAACGAACCGGAGUUGAAGUCCUCGACGACGGACGUGCGAGCCGGCACCCCCGGGUCCCAGCCCCGGAAAAGGAGGAGGAGGUCCGUGGAAAGGAGUCCGGAGAACCACGCGGACAAGAGAGCGUGCCCGCCGUCCCCCGGCCAAGGGAGCGGGAGUGCAGGACAGGCGCCGCCGGGACAUCCGGGUAUGGCACCCGGCGCAGUGGACAGACAGCCCCCGGCCCAGGGCCCCCCGCAACAGUCGCAGCAACAGGGAACUCCGGGUCAGCGCGACGUCAUCGAUGAUUUGGAUAUUAAGCCCGGCAUUGCCGAGAUGAUACGCGAGGAGGAAAGGGCGAAAAAGCUCGAAUCGUCGCAAGCUUGGCUCUGCGCCUCCACAUCCUCCGGACCAGUGGCAGAAACUUCUUACCAGGAGCAGUUGCAGUCGUGGUGGCAGAGCAGCUUCCGCUCGAACCAAUUCGUGAUGAACAACCUCCGGUUCCGAGAGCGCGGGCCGCUGAAGACGUGGCGCUCGGAGACGAUGGCCGAGGCGAUCAUGUCCGUGCUCAACCAGGGGCUCUCCCUCUCGCAGGCCGCCCGCAAGUUCGACAUUCCCUACCCGACCUUCGUCCUCUACGCCAACCGCGUCCACAACAUGCUUGGACCCUCCGCCGACGGCAGCGCAGAUCUUAGACCGAAAGGGCGUGGAAGACCGCAAAGAAUAUUACUGGGAUACUGGCCGGAAAAACACAUUCAGAAAGUUAUUGCAGCCGUCGUGUUCAAGGACCCGCAACUCAUGAGGGACGAACCGACCACACAGUCUUACAAUAGGUAUCCGGAGCCGCUCUCGCUGUACAGUGGAUGCAUGAACGGACCCGAAGCGCCAGUCUCGCCGAGCUCGCACGCCUCGAGCAUCCUGGCGGCAGUUCACAGUGCAAACCAAAUAAGACAGCAGAUGUACAACGCAGCUCCGGCCGCCUCCAACGUUCUUCCGGCCCUGGCCAACGGAACCCCCAGUCAGAGCCCUGUCAACAGCUCCUCCUCUUCGCCCGUUUCCAAUAAUAAUCUAGAGGUUGGACUUGGAGUGACCGGCGUGAAUUACGAACCAACGGAUUUCUCCACCCCUAGAUCAGAACCAAUUUUCCAGGAGGAACUGGACGAUAUAGUCUCAAGGAGUACUCCUACCUCGGACUCGAAUCGGGAUCAGCCUCUUCCACUAGUCAUAGAUCAGAGAAGUGAAUGAGGCUUCCUCAUCUUCUAAAACACUCUUUCGUUUCUCCCUCCGAGAGGAAAGAGCGGGGAAAUUAAUUCAAUUUCUUCAGUAAUUAAAUCAAAGAGCCAAAGUCUAGCAAAAAUUAUUCCAUUGUAAGUAGCAUUAAUUGGCCAAAGUUGUUAUUUUUCCUUUUUUUGUAAUUAUUUUUUUGUGACUGAUGCGUCCUCUAUCCUUUUGUUUGAUUUCUUCUUUUUUUUUUGUUUUUUUUAGAAUCAUUUUUUUCUUUUUUACCUAGCAGGUGCAAUUAGUUAAAAAAACCACAGGUUCUAUUACUUUCCUCUAUUUUUAUACUUAUUCUUUCAUGGGAAGAAAACAACUUUCUUUCAAAGCUAAAUCUCAACAAGUUCAAUUCUUCUUUAUAGUUUCCUGUUCUUUUUUUCUAUUAUUUUAUAGUUAGUCUAUGGCAAACUAUAUUCCUCUUAUUUUUAAACUGAUUGAAGAGUAAUAAUUAUAGUGAAAUAAGUUUGCCUUACGGAGUUUAGAGAGAGACCAAGUUUUGUGUUGAAUUUCUCCUCGUUGAAAUGUUUUCUAAGACACAGUCAGUUCUUAGUUUAGACUUUGAGUCGAUGGAAUUGAGAAAAAAAAAUACCGAGAGAAAAUCAUUUCUAUUCACUCUCCCCUCCCCCCUUACAACAAUGGCACUCCUUUAAAACUAGCAACGAAUAUCUGGCUAUCUAUUUCCAAUAAUCAACUGGUUUCUUGUAGCUUUUUUAUACAUUAUAUAUUUAUAUUUUUUUUAAUAUUAUGUCACACUGUUUCAUGUUAUAUUAUGUUAAAAUCCCUUCACACGUCAGUCCCAAAUGUUCCAAGAAGGUUCGAGUUCCCUGCGCAAAGGUUUUAUGGUUAGUGCAUCAGUCGAAUCAACAAGAGCGUUAAUGUAAGAAUUAAUUAAUUAAAUCUUUUAAUUAGUUGAUUAAUUAUUUCCUAGUGAUGUAAUCCCACCAGUAUUUCAGUAUUCCCUAUGUAGGUGUUCUAGAAAAGAAGAGAAUUUGACGAGAAAUAGAUGUUAAGUAGUUUCUGACUGUAAUCCUGUAGAUUUAGUCUUGACGCAGCGUUUUUCAGUGGAUGGGGUAAUUUUUAUAGAAUUUUGUUCUUUGUGCCGGUCCCUAAAGUCAUUCAAUAUUUAAGCCUUUUGAAAAGAUCGCUUGCAGCCUCUGCAAAAGUAGAUGAACAUUGUUGAGAAAUACCCUCUCUGUACACAGAGGCAAAAGAAAUAUACUGCUUCGAUAGGUGAAAUUCCUUGCAAGCCCUCCAUGAUGAGUUUUCAAGAUUCUUUCAGGAAUAUCCUCAAAAGACUCUCUAGGGAAUAUACUUAGAAUAAUCUCAGAUGUUAUCCGGAGAAUGUCCUUAGAAUAAUAUCUACUCUUGGCUGGUGCAAGAAGGUCUUUGAAUACACCUUUUAGUUUGAUUUUUGAAUGAAUUUUCAGAAUAAUAUACGGACAUGCUUUUCAGAUAGUCUGAAAGGGAUUUUAAAAUUAGUUAGCGACGGAAUUCUAAACAUUUGCAAUUUCGCAAAAGAAAAAAAAAAUUAUUCCAUCUACUGAGCGUGAAGGAACUUAGCUUCUACCUACCUAUUAAAGUAAAACUAAAAAUCUGCUCUAUAACUAUUCCGGCCACAAAUUGAUGUCCCUUAUUAGAAUCUCAUAUUCAUUCUGUACGGUUUUAAAAUUGCAACUCAUAGAAAAUACAUACUGUUCGGGAAUUUCAGCUCUAGUGAAACCUGGAUUUUCAAGCUGAUAAGGUAUCACUCAUUUAUUCUCUCCUCAGAAAUUCCUCCCAGGCUGUUCUCAAUGAUUGUACAUACUUAAUCGGUCCACUAGACUACCCGGAUAACGUAUCAAGAAUGGGAAUAUUCCCCAUAGAUGUCUUGAGGAAUAUUCUUCAUAGAUGUCCCGAGAAUAUUCCUCAUAGAUGUCCCAAGGAAUAUUCCAUAGGGCAUGUUUUGAGAAUAUUCCUUAAAGAAUAUUCUGAGGAUAUGCCCAACGAAUAAUGGAAACAACCUGUAUUCUGGCAUGGAAUAUUUCGUACACUCCUCAGAAUAUUUUCUAAAAGAUGCACAUAGAAUUCGUUAAGAUUUGUGCUACGAAUUAUUCUGACAAGAAAAAUCGUGUUUAAACUCACUUGCCAAAAUUUAAGUGCCAGAAGACCGAGUCUGAGUGUAUAAAGAGAAUAUUCUCAUCUCAUCAGGAUACUCCAGUGUUUGCAGGAUACAGAAAAUUUCAUAUUUUAUUAAAACCGAUAUCACUUCUUUUCCUUUACCUAGAAAUUUUUUUGUAUGUCAUUCUUUCUUUCAUUUUUGAUUUCAGUUGAGAUUCUAUAUUGUUCUUUAUUGUUGUUGUUGUAUUAUUAAGUUUAUCAUAUAACAAGUCUUCUUUUUUCAUCUGCACAGUUGGCAAUGCCGACUGUUUUGAGUUAUUGUAGAUUUCUUCAGUGAUAAGUAUUGGUUCGUUUUCACAUAUAAUUUUUCCUUUUCCCCUUAUUUAUCAUAGUCAUGCUUUAAGACUCAUUUUCAGUACAGAUGUUUCAUAUGGACUCCAAUACUUUCUUAAUUAGCAUUCUGUCGUCCUCAUAUUGAAUCCGUUUGUUUGAAAUAAUUGUAUUCCAGGAAGAAUAUUUCAAGAUUACUCUCAGACGCUUUUCCAGGGAAUAUUGUCAGAGUAUUAUUCAGGGUAUAUUCACAGAAUAAACCCCGGAAGAUAUUCUCCAAAUAUGAUCCAGAGAGUAUAUUUAGAAUAGUAUGGAAGGAAUAUUUACAGAAAUUUAUGUAGAGAAUAUUUUUAAAUUAUUACUUGAGAAUUAGUCUAGAAAGAUUCCAUUGUCUGGCAUAAAACAAACAUCUGUAGAAUGUACAAUGUAGAGUACCUAUUCUUCAGGGUAUACUAAAUACCUAAUCAUAAUACCUCUAGGACAUACCCUUCAGAGAAUUCUGAAAAGAAUACUUCUUUACUUAAAUUUCCAUUCAAAGGAAGUUUUCUCUUGACCAUUUAGAAUUCCACGCUUACCUAAAUCAUUGCCAACCCUCUAUCAGAUUUUCAAAUUGUAUUCCCUUGGCUACUCCUUUACUAAUUAAGAUGCGAGUGUGAUUUUUUCAAAAAAAGGUAGUGACUUACCACCUGCAAGAAGGUGUCCUUUGAAAUUUAAUUCCUCUGUUUACCGCAACUACAUUCUUCCGAGAUUAUCUUUGCAAAUCUCUGAGAAAGUCUAAUUAUUAUUCUAAGAUCAUUCGCAAGAUGUUCAAAGACUAAUCUACAAGGAAUACAUAUCCAUUUAGUAAAUAACUCAGUCGCCGAUAUAGGCUUGAAGGAACAGAUAGCUCUUUUUUGAAUCCUUACCUGACAGCUAGUGUAUUAGUUUAAAUAAAUGAAAUCAAAUUUUUGCUUUGUUAAAUUAAAGUCUGUGCAGUUUAUAAGGAAAAAUAUCCCAAUUGACUAGUUUGUAAAUUUUCUGACAGCAUUAUUACACGAUGAGCCUAGAAUGAAUCUGAGCAUGUAUCAUAUUUUUUUUUUUGAUGGAGGAAUUAAAAGAGAUCAUUGCAAACGAUUUCACUGAGAAUUCGCAUUUUUUUCAAUGAGCAAUGCUCACAUUUGACUCAUCUCAACUGUCAUGUUCCUAUCCUUGUAAAUAAAAUGAUAGUUUGAAUUGUUAGGAACGCUUUUUUUCGUAUACUCUUUGUCACUCCAAUAGUCUAGUCAUGCGUAAGUUGACGAAUUCGUGUUGUUAUGUCAAGCCACAACACGAGUUCCACAUCCGAGAAAAGAAAUUACGUCUCCCAGGAAUUCAAGGCGAAUCCACAGGCUAAUCUUUGAAAUUGAUGAACAAAGUGAAAGACAAAGGGCAAGGAGAAGAUGGAGCUAUCCUAUUAGUGGGAGCAGGUGGUUCCAAUAAUAAAAAGGAGUUACCUAAGUAAGAGACUAACUGACAGCAACUCUUGAGAGACCUGAAAGUCAGUCCACCAUUUUUUCCCUAGCCUAUAACAACCACCCGUUUCAGCUAAUAAGAUCGCUCCAUUGUCUCUUACUUUACCAAUCGAUUUCAAUAAUUAGCCCCCAGUAUUGUCCAAUUCAAAGUUUUGUCACCCAUAUACAUAGGUAUUUAAAUUGUCAAAGACUUAAAAAAAUGUAAAAAUACUGUUGACUUUGAACUUAAAGAGACGACUGUUAAAUUUGGACUGAAAGAAAUGUAAGAAUACUGCUAAAGAAGAAGAAAAAAGGAGUGUUAAAACUUACAAAUUUGGAAGCUCUUUUUCUGAUCGUUCAAAUACUUGUAAAAUUCGUGCUGGAAGAAAGUCAGCAUCAAAAUUGUUUUCAGUUCUUAAAAAUCAUUUACGUUUAUGCUGCAAUUUCAAAUGCCACUUUACAUCAGAAGAUAGGUACUGGUUUGAAAGUUUUUGAUGAAAUGUAUUGAAACAAAGAGAUCAGAAACUGAUAAAGUGCAAGGUGAUAAAUUCACUUGAAAAAAUUCCAAAAAGGUGCCCUGAUUUGCAUACUUUGACAGUUUUUCUUGGGUUUUUCAACUAAAUUUAGGAGUAAAAAUAAAACCACCAGCUUCUUAGCUUCUUUGUUAAUGGUCAAUUUUACUACUGAAUUUUCAACUUGUUCAGUGACUUUAAUAAUCCAUGGGACCCCCUUUGUUUUCUAUCUAAAAUAUUUCAUUCAAUUGACCGGUAGUUUGUAAAAUCGUGGUGAAAAAUAAUUCUCCAAGGCAGAUUAUGUGUUUUUCAAGAAUUUUUGUUUCAUUUUUCCACCCUUCGACCUCUUAAAAAUUAAAAAAACGGGAAAAAAAAUAAGUUCAAUUUUUUUCAUAAAAAACAUACAUCAUUGUAAGCUUAGCUCACCUCUAAAGUCUUGUCUAUGGAGGAUAAUUCUCUGUUCAAUGUAUAAAAAGUGAUCCUUUUGCGUGAAAGCAGCUGUUUUAACUUUCCUUCCUAAUUAAAGCUAUCAGGUCUACAAAAGGACAUAGUCUAUUCACGGUUCGGCAGACUGUAUGCAGACUCAACGUAAAGGCUAUGUACAGCCCAUGUGUAGGCCAGUACAUAGUCUGUAUAUAACCAUUUUGUUUGCAAAUUCUUACACAGUCCUAUAGGCUGUAUAUAGACACAAUGUAAGGACUAUGCACAGUCCAUAGAUAGACUAACAAAUGGACCCCAUUUAAUAGAAAGAACCAAGCCACAUCAGCUAUUGCCAAAUUUAAUCGGGCAAUUUAAUUUUAUAUAUGAAAACGGUUGUGCAGAUUUUUGUGCAAAUUUCAAUGACUUUUCUCUAUAGCGCAAAGCAAAUUCCCUAAAAUUUUCAAAGGAAUCCGCACAAAUAUUCUCACUUAAAAAAUCAAAUUGCCCAGUUAAAUUUGGCAAUAGCUGAUGUGGCUUGGUUCCUUUCUGUUAAACGCGGUCCAAAUAGACCGUUAAUAAUUUCACGGUCUGCAAACUUUUCAGAAUCUCUUAUUUGUCGCUAAUCAUCAACAUUCUCACCCACUGUUAUUUUUGUAGCCAUGCCAUGAGUAAAUUUUUACCAACCCAAAUUUUUAUUUUAGGUACCUAUGUAAGAAUUUAGCCGCAAAAGUGCCUUCAAAAUUUUUUAAAAAGAAUUAUCUCUUUGGUUUGAGUUUGUUCAUGGGUUAUCGUGAGAUGUUGAAAUUCUUUUCACCUGUUUUUUGUCUACUCAAGAGUUAUGAAUUUGUUACUCGCCUGUACAUAUUAUGAGUUCUCAUAAGUAAAAAUUAAAAAUGUUGAAUAAGUUAACUAGUUAUUCAUUUUGGAGCCGAACCUUCCUUUCAAAUUCAGUCAAUUAAGUCAAAAGUGCGCAGAGCAAGUGGAGGAAACACAUGUUUGUAAUUAAUUAAGUAAUUGGUUGAUUGAAUUACUUUAAUUUUAAUACAAAUAAUUGAUUUAGGUAAUUUAGAUGAAAUUAAUUAUUUGCAUCAAUUAUUUUAAUUUAAUUCAAAUUAAUUGAUUUCGUUUAAUGCACUGAAACAGAUAAAAAGUGGUCGUUUCUUUUUGUCUUAUCGAGUAAGGUUCAGUCGAAUGACUUUAAAAAGUUGCCUGUAUUCGAAAGUUAUUAAUUUUAAAUUAUUAUCAUUCUCUAGAUUUAUUUAGGUUAUUCUAUAUGAGAACUGUAUUUUACUACAUAUUUCGUAGAUGGAUAAAUAAAAUAAAUAAAUGAUGUAUAUUAAAA